UGGGCGAUGAAACAUCAAGGGUGUUUGUGGAGCGGAGCCUCAGGGUGCAGACUGUCCAAGGCCUUGAAUGCCAGAUGCAGGCAUUGAACUCUAUCCCGAGGGCAGCAAGGAGCCAAGGAAGGCAGCUGAGCUGAGAAUGAGCAGCGCCAUGUUUGUGAGCGCGAAAGAGCCCCGUGUGGACCAAAUGGCAGCCUUUCACAGAAGGAGAAUUAUCUGCCUGGUCAGCAUCUAUGGGACCCACCACAACCCCACAGUGUGGCCCGACUCCAGUGUGUACAACCCUUACCGCUUUGACCCAGACAACCCACAGCAGCGCUCCCCGCUGGCCUAUGUGCCUUUUUCCGCAGGACCCAGGAACUGCAUCGGACAGAGCUUCGCCAUGGCGGAGAUGCGCGUGGUUGUGGCGCUCACGUUGCUACGCUUCCGCCUGAGUGUGGAUCGAACUCGCAAGGUGCGGAGAAAGCCCGAACUCAUCCUGCGCACUGAGAACGGCAUCUGGCUCAACGUGGAGCCGCUGCCGCCCGUGGGGCCCCAAGCCCCGUCCAGGGAGGCCCAGGCCCCGCCCCUGAGGGCCCAGGCCCCGCCCCCAAAGUACUGA